AGUGAAGGGAGUGAAGAAGAAAAAAACUCACAUCUUAGCGGACGGAAAAUGUGCGAUUGCGAAAAAGUGUGGGAAAAGUAGUGUGUUUAAAGCUGGAGAACGCGAAAAAUAACCACACGCAAACGUGAAGUGCACGCACGGAAAGGCAAGGCGUAGCAUACUGUGCGUACAGCAGUAGUCGUAGCGAACAGCAGUGUGUAGUACGUUUUUAUCGUACAUUUAAGCCUCGAAUCACGCCAAACCCCGUCCAGAGCUCGUGGAUCGAUUUCUGCCAUUCAUUCGCACGAGAAAAAUAGAAGACAGUCAGCCAGUAUCCCAUCGGACAGCACCGAGUGUGCGAACGAGGCGAUGGUGUAUCGAAGGUGAACCAGAGAGAGAGACAGAACCAAAAGAGCACAGUUGGUGUGAACACCCGACCCCGACCGCACCGGAAUCGGGUAAAGCAGCCAUCCUCCGUUCUUCACGCGGCCAUCAGCGCACCUGCCCACCCGCUCCCCUGUUGCCGGCCUCUUCCCAUUUUUGUGUGUGGUGUGGUUCCUUUCGCACCAAUACAUUGCACGGCCACACACAGUAUUUGAAAAGCGAGCGCGUGAGCGCGUGUGCGAGCAAUCAAACGGCGGGCACGCGGUUUUCUUCUCUGCGCCUACUAGAGCACUGCGUGUGCUAGUGAGUGUGUGUGAGUGCGCGCGCGCGCGAGAACGAGUGCGUGGUUGUGUAGCAGCACGCGACCGUGCGUCAGUGUGUUGGUGUGAUCGGUCGCAGUUCUUUUUCCGCUUCCGAGACGGCGUUUUUUCGCUUUCGUCUUCUGAGUGGUAGCACGCGAGAUGGAGAACACGUCCUACGGAAUAAAUGUGGCGAAUCGCUACGAUCUGUUCUGCAUCGACGACGAUGCGGGCGAUCCGAUCGAGGCCAUCCUGAAGAGUAAACAGAAACAGCAGAAAAAGCAGCAACAGCAGCCGCAGCAGCAGCAGCAGAGUGGUGGUGGUGCCACUACAGCAGCAGCAGCAGCAGCAGCACCGGCAGCUCAAUCGCAGCAGGCGAAAUCGAACGCGAAGAGUGGUGAAAAAGAGAACAAGGCCGGUGGCCGGGGAGCGGAAAAUCGGCACCCGGAUAAAUCGGCCGCGGACGCGAAGCACGCACAGACGAACGGAACCGGCAAUCAUUUACAUAAUCAGCGCAGCGGCGGUGGCGAACGACGAGGUAUCAAGGAAACGCAGAAAGAUAACAUCCGCAAUCAGGAAAACCAGCGAGGCACUAAUCCGGCGGCUAAGUUCCCGCGCGGUCCGAAUAAGAACGGUGGACCAGUGGGUGGCGGUGGUGGCAAUGAGGACAAGUAUCCGCGCAAGCCGCGCGACUUCGAUGGUGACGGACAGCGGAAACCGUACGCGCAGAACGGUGGUGGUGGUGGAGUGAAGCGGUUCGAUGGGCGCGGCAAGCGUGAACUGGACCGUCAAUCGGGCUCGAACAAAACCGGAAUCAAAGCGGUCGACAAGCGGGACGGUGCCGGGUCGCACAACUGGGGCAGCUCGAAACAGGACGCGAAGGAGUAUUCGAACAAUCCGGAACAGGACUAUCAGCCACAGGAUGCGGACACGAGUGCGGAAGCGAACGCGGAACGUACGAACGUGAGCAAUGGCGCGGAAGAGACGAACGCUGACGGAACCGGAGCACCCAAAUCGGACGACGAGGCGAAGGAAAUGACGCUGGACGAAUGGAAGGCACAAAAGGCGGCCGUUAGACUGAAGCCACAGUACAAUCUACGGAAGGCCGGUGAGGGUGAAGACUCGAGCCAAUGGGAUAAGAUGGUUGCGCUGGACCGGAAAUCGAAUGCGAAGGUGGAGAAGGGCGCUGGAGCUGAUGGUGGCGAGGAGGAUGAUGGCAAUGACACUCACAGCAAGCCGAUUACGUCGGGUGGUGGUGGCGGCGGCGGUGGCAAAAACAAGCAGUUUCUGGAAAUUGAAUACCACUUCAACGACAGUCGUCGGGGUGGAUUGGGCCGUUCGAGAGGUGGACGCGGUGGACGAGGAGGUGGGGGUGGUCGCGGAAUGGGCCGUGAAGGCGGUCCGGGCGGUAGACGUGAAUACGGUGGCGGAGACAACUAUCGGGGCGGUGCGGAUGCUGGCGAGGGCGGUGGUGGCAGAUACAACCAUUACGGUGGUGGUGGUGACGGUGCGGAUGGUGGUGACCGGCCACAGCGAGACUACAACCGGCGCAACAACCGACCGCCGAUGGGUGGUGGUGGUGGUCCGGAUCGGAACUAUGAAGGAGGCAUGAACAACAAGUACAGCAGACCGAAUCCGCGAUCGGCCAAGCAGCAUGUACCGGCCGCUCCGAAAGUGGACGAUGAGCAUGACUUCCCGUCGCUCGGUUAAAUGCGGUGCUGCACACCCUUUGUCGUGGUGAUCAGGACCCCCUUUCGGAUCAGAUGUUUGGCUUGCGCCGGUACACAUACACUCACACACACACACUCACACUCAUGCUAGCUAACUAGAGGGGAAUAGAGAGGGGAAGAGAGAGAGAGAGAGUUAAGGGAAAGGCGAAGAAGAAAGUGAAAGUUGAUGAAUGAAUGUUAGAAUUAUUUUUGAAAUGUUUUUUCUCCCCAACCAGCGUUUUGCCUAUCUUACACGUGUUUCUUUGAAGAGGUUAAGUUUAGUAAUAUCUGAAUUUAGUGUUCAGGAGAGGAGAAAAGGAUUUUUGGGUGGACAAUAUGCUGCCAAGUGCUUUAAUUAUCGCGUGUGCGUGUGUGUGUGAUUUCUCUAACCCCCAAACCACCCCAUCAAACAGCCCCGUCCUUCUUCUUAUUCUUCUACAUAGAAAAGAACACCAGCAGCAGCAAUAAUAACAGUAAACAAAAAACAGCAGAAUAAGGGAUCGCGUGUGUGGUAUUCAUAUAUUCAAGAACCGAGCAAAAGCAUUGAGAUUAUUCUCUAAACUGGAUGAAGCGUAGGGUAAUGUGAAUACAACCAAGAGUAUGUUAAUGGCAGGCCCCAUCAAAUAAUGAAAAAUGGAACAAAUAUCAAUUCACCCUCGAACACAACACAACAUCCUGGCCCCACCAGCUAGUAGUCGAUUUAUUUGUUUUGUUGAUUUGUGUUUUGAUUUUGUUGAAUAAGUUGGGUGGGCAAUCAAACGAAAAAAAAAACGCUCAAGUUCUCCGGAAGGUAAAUGCAAUGCAUAAGCACAUGUGUGCUGUGCAGAUUAUGGUAGUAAUAUGUUGGGUGGUGCAAGCUUCCAAGGAGGGAUCUUUCCACACUGUUAAAAUUGAGCUGGGUCUGAAUGCGUAUGUGUGUGUGUGUGUGUAUGUGUCCGAUAGGUAAGAAGGGCCAACCGAACGAUCGGGAGAGGGACAACAGCUAAUGAAGGGCGAUUAGUGUAUGUUUUUAGGCAUCCCUGUGCGGCGCCCAAUUUAAUAGUCUCUGCUGUCUACGUUUAGAGUGUUGUUUCAUGAAGAAUGAAUUUUUAAAAGCCGUGUUCCAACAUGGCCAAUCCUUUCAUCCCCCGUUUACAAUCGGUAUUACGAUUUUCGUAGCUCAUUUUAAACUACUUGUUUGCAAUAUAUUACUAGUUUUCUCUUGUUCUCUCUUCCAAUUCUUCCUGUGUAAAUGAACCUCGCUUUCGUUUGAACGCCGUUAAACUCUACGCCUACUGCUUCUCCGUUUGGCAAAGCGUGAGAAAUAUUUCGUAUAAAAUGUAUGUGCGAGGUUUUCAUCAUUUUUACUUUCGUUCCGACGCUGUUAACACGAAUUCGUUUAACUCUACUGGAAAAGAAACCACAACUCACGCUCUGGUCUGGCAUAGAGGAAUGAAACAGGAACACUCUGUACGUUUGUAAUUGCGCUGGCCUCUGAUAUGCUGCUGCUGAAAUGAUUUGCAAAACCACAGAAACUAAACAGAGAACACUAAUAUACAUCAGUAUAAAUAUAAACAAGUGUGCCGAAGGUUGCACUUCCUGAUAGAGAAGCCAAGAAAAAUACCACUCAACAAGAAGUCAAUGAUAAGAGAACGGGGGCAGUACUAACCGCGUAUUCAUAACGCCCCGCGCCCGGUGGGGGGGUGUGCUUGGUGUGUCUUGAAUGAGUGCGCGAACACAACGAAAAAAGAGCACGUUGAGAUGAUGUUGAAUGAUCCAGAAAGAAGAAUUCUCACUGGCGCGCUUUCAUUCAUAUUUGACAGUUUUCCUAAGUUAAGACUAAUCAUUAUCGAUGAUGCUCUCGAGAAAGGCAGCAGGGAAGGGUAGUGUUUUGUUUUAAUUUUUGCGCAGAUUGCUUCCACAAAAGGAAAUAGCUUACAGCAGAAGUUAGGUGAGCAAUAUACUUUUUCUUCUUGUAACAUCAGAGGGUCUCUAGCUAACGCCGACCCGAACGCCCCCGGAGUUUGCAGUGAAUUGGAACGAAAGCGAAACGAACCCAGAUUGAAAAGCGACAUCUUUUGUACUGCAUUAUGCCCCUUAUAAGUAAUAAAACAACUUUGUUUAAGUGUAGAGCCGGUUUUGGGGGUUUUUGGGUGGGAGGAUUUAGGUUCACCAGAAUGAUUUCCUCUCCAUGCACGACGACGUGCAUUUUUCUACACGAAAAAUCCGAUUGCGAAAAGCGGCGCUAGCGCUGAAUUUUGCUCUGGUGGGUGUAUUCACUUUUCGUUCGUCGAGGGAGAAUCGUGCACGAGUCUGUUACAAAAAUAGCUGCAUAAAACGACAAGAAAAAGAUCCACGCAGAUGAGAUGCGUGGAAGUGUGAGCAGUUGCUAAGCCCCGCAGCAUGAUCGGAUUGGGAAUGUAAGGAUGUACGCACGGACAUCACAUUAGUUGCCGAUCAGACACUGCUGUGCGUGGAGUCUACAAGCACAGAAAAUUAGCAACAGCAAAAGAGGAGGAGCAUUUUAGCAGUACAUAGAGGCGCAAAAGGAGGUCGAUCGUAUUGUGAUCUCGCCCAACUAUAUGCGCGUUGCUCACGAUGAAACAUGUCGAAACCAAGCACUGAUAAACCGAUUCUAUCGUGCAAGUACGAAAUGCACUGCAGUAAAGCAACAAUAAAAGAAAAGAAAUUUACGGCAAUAGUACGUAUUCUACGUGAAUAAAUGAGGCACCUUCACUGUUGUGUGGUUCCCAAAAUCUUAAUAUUCUACUAUGUCAACGAGAGAGAGAUAGAAAGGAACACACGUAUCGUGUAAAAGUUAAUGCGUGUGAAAAUGCAAGAACAGAUAAUAUUAGUUGUUAAGGCAUGGUAAAACAUAAUUGCUACUACUAGUUUCUUUCCAUGCAUUGCACACACCACACACGGUAAACAGCAACAUACAAACACAGACACACACACACAUACACACUUGACAUUUUGCUGCUGCCGGUGUGGGUGUGUAACAGAUUAAUCCACUAAUAAAGUCUCCCGGCAAUGUUGUGUCCCGGCGGGAAAACAAAAAAGGUUUGCAAAACUAUUUUAAUCGUUAGGAAACAAAUGAGACAAUUAGUACAUGUAUGCAACAUUAAUACAAAAAAACAACAACAACAGCAUGAACAUCAAGAAUAAAGCAAGAUCUCGACUCUGAAAAUCAGCGAGGUGAUGGUCACUUUUAAUAUUCGAGAGUUCCACAAACCGAACCGGUGUGGCAAAUAUGCCCCAUGGAUUAAUUUCCUUUUCUGGGGGUGG